AUGCGUGUGGGGGCAACACGGACCGGAGCCCAGCCAGGCCACCUGCUUUGGUGUCUGCUGCUGCUGCUGCUGCUGCUGCUGCUCCUGAGCCCAGAGGCCGCCUCUGCCUCGCAGUCCCACGCCACUAGCCCCUCGCAGGCUCCGGGGGAGGCCAGAGAGAGCCCGGGGGUGCAGGAGGGCCAGGAACCCGUAGUCAGAACUCAAGGUCCGUUUGAAGCAGAGGGCGUGGGGCCGAGCGGGCCUCGGGGAGGCGACGGCUGGGCACAGGGAGCAUUUGAGCGGGCCCCUGGGCCACAGGGGCAGGGGGUCGAGGUCUCGGCAAGACCAGGUGGGGUGAGCAGCCGUCAGGGAGACCUGGGGGAACUGCGGCCACAGGCGGUGGACGGGGGUGUCUCCACAGUGUGUGGGAAGCCUCAGGUGGUAGGGAAGAUCUAUGGUGGCCGGGAUGCAGCGGCUGGCCAGUGGCCAUGGCAGGCCAGCCUUCUCUACCGGGGCUCGCACCUCUGCGGAGCUGUCCUCAUCAACUCCCGCUGGCUGCUGUCAACUGCCCACUGCUUUCUCAACAAAUCCCAGGCCCUGGAGAACUAUCAGGUUCUGUUGGGAAACACCCAGCUCUAUCAUGAAACCCAGCACACCCAGAAGAAGUCUGUGCACCGGAUCAUCACCCACCCAGACUUUGAGAAGCUCCACACCUUUGGGAGUGACAUUGCCAUGUUGCAGCUGCACCCGCCUGUGAACUUCACUUCCUACGUUGUCCCUGUCUGCCUCCCAUCCCGGGACAUGCAGCUGCCCAGUAACGUGUCCUGUUGGAUAACCGGCUGGGGAAUGCUCACCGAAGACCGUGAGGGGCCCUUACCUACAGCUGUCCCCUCUAGGCUUCAAGCAGUGUGUUGUCCCGGGUGUCGGGGGCAGAGGGUGGGUCCGUGUGUUGAUAGAUUCAGAUCCACGAUUGUCUGCUCUGAGGGUCAGCUCAGGAGCUUAACGCCUAGAGAUUUCUAUCUGGGUGAUUCUGGGGGUCCUCUAGUCUGCUACCUCCCCAGUGCCUGGGUCCUGGUGGGGCUGGCCAGCUGGGGCCUGGACUGCCGGCAUCCUGCCUACCCCAGCAUCUUCACCAGGGUCAGCUACUUUGCCAACUGGAUCGACGAAAUCAUGAGGCUCACUCCUCUUCCUGACCCCACGGUGGCUCCUCACACCCGCCCUCCACCCAAACCUCUGAGGGCUGCUGGCCUGCCUGGGCCCUGCACAGCCCUUGUGCCUCCACAGACCUGGUUCCUGAUGCCACUUACCCUCAGGGCCCCAUGGCAGACCCUAUGA